AUGUCGAUCGUGGCUUACAGCCUUCGCCGGGCGACCAUCGCCACCUGUUUUGUCACGGCCCUGAUCUUCGUCAUCUGGCUCCUGCCACGACUGCUCAACCCGACCCCGCCGGAUGCCGAAGAACGCGAGCGGGACAGGCACUGGGUCGACACAUCCCCCAAUUGGUUCGAUCGACAAACAUGCCGCUGGCUGAGUCUUUGCGGCAUCCAGCACAUUCGCUGGGAUGCGCCGGCGCUGUCCGAUCCAAACGAGCCUUCGACCUUGGACGAACUAGAGUCGCUAGCUCUAGGGCUUAGCACAUCUUGGAGAUUUGUCGAAAAGACCGGUCUGAGCGAUUGGGAAGUGGCGCCCACACAGCAGGACUUGAAGCGCGGAGUCCAGGCAACCGGCGACAGCGGUAGCAAGGUUAACUACGAGGUGCCAGACUAUGUGCUCAAUCACGCGCCCUUGGUACAUCUCUACUCUGGCGAGAAUUUCUGGCCAUCCGACAUUGCCGAGCACAUCCGCCAUAUGAAGGCGUGCGUGGAGGGCACCUUGGUUAACACAAGCAAGCCUUUGGAUUUGAGCAAUCUCGGCACACUUCAAUCCCAGAACGACACCGUCUUCUUGACCAGCGAGGAUGACGUGGAGUUGAGGCCCCAGUGGCUCCACAGCCGAGCCGCCAUCCCAACCCCCUUUGAGGAUGAUGGUCCAGAUGGAGGAAACCAUGACGACUCUCACGAUCCCCCUCGACGACCGGACGACGACACUUCCUGGUGGGAUGUGGACAGGGAUCACCCUCCCCAUCGCAUAGUCCCGCCGAGGGAGUCCAGCCAGAGACACCAGGGGUUUCGAAAGAGACGUUCCACUCCCCACCCACAGCGCCCGUUGGUUGGGGACGCUGCAACAAGUCAGAAGGGUAGCAAGCCCGAUGUCAGCGGGUAUUCCCGAGCGCCGGCCGUUCUCAUCCUCGUUGACAAGGGGGCGGGCAUCGUGGACGCCUUCUGGUUCUUCUUCUACAGCUACAACCUGGGCCAAACAGUCCUCAAGAUCCGUUUCGGCAACCACGUCGGCGACUGGGAGCACUGCAUGGUGCGCUUCCAGCACGGCGUACCGCGCGCCAUGUUUCUGAGCGAGCACGCCGGCGGCAAGGCCUACCUGUGGAAGGCGCUGGAGAAGCGGACCCAGAAAGACGGCAAGCCCGCACGGCCCGUUAUCUACUCAGCUGUGGGCAGCCACGCCAUGUAUGCCUCGCCCGGCAUGCACCCUUACGUUCUCCCGUUCAAGCUGCUCAAGGAUGUCACCGACAAGGGCCCGCUGUGGGAUCCCGCGCUGAAUCAUUACGCCUAUUGGUACGAUUACGAGGUCGACCGAGACGAGGAGAGGAAUUCGACGGUCCAGGUACGGACGAGCUUGACAGCCGCGGAGUCGAACCCGGGCUUGCCUACGUCGUGGUUCCACUUUGAAGGGUUUUGGGGUGAUGAUGUCUACCCGCUGAGUGACCUGCGCCAGUGGAGGCUUUUCGGAGAGUACCACUACGUCACGGGCCCUCAGGGGCCCAAGGCGAAGUUCCUCGACAGGAGGAAGGUGUGCCAGACCGAGAAGUGCACUAUUGUGGACAGCAUUGAGGCCGGGAAGAAGUCGGCUUGGUAUUAG